AAUUUCCCAGUCGAAUUCCCCACUUUUCGCCUUCUAUGCGUUCUGAUCUCCUGUCGAGUUCUUCACAAUUAUCUAUUCACAUUGCUAUCGACGCAUCUGCCAUCAUGGCUGAACAAACGCCUAUCACUCUUACGAUACGUGGCGCAGAGAGCUCUGAGCAAUCUACCUCGCAAUUGUUCUCCUCGUCAUCAAUGUCAAUGGGCGAGAAGAUGCGCAAAACAAUCGAAUUAUACCGCGAGAAAAUGUACACUUCCAACAAAAAAUUCAUCUAUGACAGGAUUGAAGAUAUUGAGGCCAUGAAUUUGCCAAGCGAAGAAGAAAAGCUGGUUGUCAUGGGCCGCUUCUGGUUCCUUCUAAAUGAAUGGCACAGACGUGAGGGAUGGAAUCCCCCUUGGAUGGCAAGCAAUGCAAAAAAAGACAUUGCCAGCAAGACCCAACUCGAGAGUGAGAGGGCAGUGAAGCGACUAGAGGAUGUGAAAACCCUACCUCAUCCAGUUAUGGAUGGGCUUCAUCCACCUGAACUGGACGAGACCCAGCGGCAGUUAUACAUUGAGACAUUCGAGACAGUUACCAAUGAGCUUGCAAAAACCAAGGAUGAGGCACAAUGGAUCAGGAUGCCAGAGGAGCUGAAAAGCUUUCUCAAAUACGCAAAUGGAUUGGAGGGUCCCAACUUCCGCUACGGGAAAGCAUAUGACUUUCAUAUGUAUGGUAGUGGUGGUUUGGAAAACAAGAGUAUUGAAGAGACACGCGACAUAUUUCUUGACUUGCACAAGCAUUCCCACGAAUGCUUGCAAGAGUUUUUCGAGCUCGAAUUCGAGGCGAAGGCUGCAUACAUCUGCGGAGAAACUUUCUGGCUUGAUUGCUGUUACUAUACUUUCUAUGCGUAUUGCCGACUUGAUGCCGGAUUCGCCAAGAGACAUAAAAGAGGGCAUGAUUGGGCUUGGAGGAUAGUGCUUACGAAUACGUCAUGCGAUGAAGAAGAUUUGGAAACAAAGGUUUUUGAUAGUCUUGAGGAGUUCAUAAUUUGGCAUGGAAGCUGGGAUGAGCGUAUGGACGUGGAAGAGAUGCGAGAGCAGAUGUUUGAGAACUCUAUGGGCAUAUUUCAACUAGAGAGUGGAUAUCCUGAUUUGGACUGAGAUGGAGGUAGCAUAUUAUCGAAGGGUGUGUUGAAUCCUUCCAAAAUAAACACGAAGCUCACAUUGGUGCCUUUGCUCGGAUUCAAAGUAUAAAAUAUCUGUUAGACAUUGAGGCAGCCAAACCAGAUCUGUGCAUCAGAGG